GCUCCUGGAACAGCUGGCACUGUCCGGGAUGGGCAGGAACAAGCAGGGAGCAUCCCAGGGAUGCACAGAGUCCUGUCCAUGGACGCAACGCUCGCCCCGAGAGACCCCGGAGCUCCCGGCCAGUUUGGACACCCUGUUGCUGUUCCUGAUGACAAACAAGAAGAAGCAAAAAGUAGGUGGAAAGAAGGAAACUUCAAUGCCUACCUCAGCGACCUGAUCCCUGUGGAUCGAGCCAUCGCGGACACCAGGCCUGCCGGGUGCUCUGAGCAGCAGGUGCACGAUGACCUGCCCAGCACCAGCGUCAUCAUGUGCUUUGUGGACGAGGUGUGGUCGGCGCUGCUGCGCUCGGUGCACAGCGUGCUCGGCCGCUCGCCCCCGCGCCUCCUCGAGGAGAUCAUCCUGGUGGACGACUGCAGCUCCAAGGAGUACCUGAAGGAGCAGCUGGACGCGUACAUGUCGCGCUUCCCCAAGGUGAAGGUGCUGCACCUCCGCGAGAGGCACGGCCUGAUCCGGGCCAGGCUGGCCGGGGCUGAGAUCGCCACAGGCGCUGUGCUCACCUUCCUGGACUCGCACGUGGAGUGCAACGUGGGCUGGCUGGAGCCGCUGCUGGAGCGCGUCCGCCUGCGCCGCACCAAGGUGGCCUGCCCCGUCAUCGAGGUCAUCAGCGACAGGGACAUGAGUUACAUGACCGUGGACAACUUCCAGCGGGGGAUUUUUACUUGGCCAAUGAAUUUCGGAUGGAGGCAGAUUCCACAGGAGGUCAUUGAGAAAAAUAAGAUCAAGGAAACUGAUAUAAUAAGGUGCCCCGUGAUGGCAGGUGGCCUGUUCUCCAUCGACAAGAAGUAUUUCUCUGAGCUGGGAAUGUACGACCCAGGACUGGAUGUCUGGGGAGGAGAAAACAUGGAGAUUUCUUUCAAGGUGUGGAUGUGCGGAGGGGAGAUCGAGAUAGUGCCGUGCUCCAGGGUCGGGCACAUUUUCAGGAACGACAAUCCCUACUCCUUCCCCAAAGACCGGGUGAGGACGGUGGAGAGGAACCUGGCGCGGGUGGCCGAGGUGUGGCUGGACGAGUACAAGGAGCUGUUCUACGGCCAUGCCUACCACCUGCUGCACGGCGUGGACGUGGGCGACCUGAGCCGGCAGAUGCAACUGCGGCAGAGGCUGCGCUGCAAAACCUUCCGCUGGUACCUGCACAACGUGUACCCCGACCUGGAGGCUCCCCUGGUCAAGGCCAGUGGGCAGCUCGUUAACGCGGCCCUGGCGGGGUGCAUCGCCGUGCAAGGCACCAGCCUGGCUUUUGAGGAGUGUGAUGCUAACAGCACGAACCAGAAGUUCAACUACACCUGGCUGAGGCUGGUCCAGCACGGGGAGCUGUGCCUGGCACCCGCGGGCGUGCUGGGAGCCGUGGGGCUGCGCCCGUGCCAGGGCAGGAACCGCAGCCUGGCCUGGCUCCACGGGGCCCUGGCCAGCGUGCAGCCCGGGCUGGUGAGUGAUGGUGCAGUGAUGCAGGAGGGUCAGGGUGGGCACGGUGCAGCCCGGGCUGGUGAGUGAUGGUGCAGCUCCAUCCCAGGUGAUGCAGGAGGGGUCAGGGUGCACUGGAUGGGCACAACCCAUGGCACAGGGGCACCCAGCCUGCUGCUCGCUUUGCCAAGGCCCCCUGUGCCCUAGAGACGUGCUGGUGCCCAUCCCUCAUGCCCCUCUGCCAGGGGUUGUGCCCAUCCUGUGCCGAGCAUCCCCACACAGCUGCCAGGCUGGGGACAUUGGGGACAUGCAGGCACUGCCACAGCAGCAGCAGCCAAACAGCCAAAACAGCCUGGUUUUACACAGAAACACAGCCAAAACGGCCUGGUUUUACACAGAAACACGGCCAAAAUGGCCUGGUUUUACACAGAAACCAUCAAUAGCACUUAAAGGGAGAUGAGUCAGCAUCGAUUGGCUCUCAGCUCACAGGGGUGUUUAAAGACAGCACUUACAGAAAGGAGGAGAAUGGAUCCUUACACUAAUUGCCUGAGCUGCACAAGGAGUCAUGGCUCUGCCCCUGUCAGCCUGGUGCAAGCAGUUGUCCAAAAUGCUCUGAAAUGGCAUAGUCUAUUGUUGGGAAAAAACACUCUUCACUUCAGAAAGAACAAAUGCAGCAUUCAAUACACAGACAAUUUCCUAUUGCCCUUUGGUUUUUUCAGCCUAAAGCGCUGAAUGCCAGAAUGCCACAGGCUCACGUUGGGUGUUUAGGGAAAAAUACAGGAAAAUUUUUAUCCGCUUACUGAAAAUUGUGAAAUUGCCACUUCACUUUGUGAAAAGUGCGCAGAAAUGCCCAGGGAGCUGUUGCAGG